GACUCUGGUUGGUUCCUUAUAAAUCAAGCCCAAAGUUCCUGGUUCGUUCCGAACCCGGAAAUAAUGGAAUAUGAGAACAAGCUUGUCCUCGCUCCCAUGGUUCGAGUUGGGACAUUGCCGUUUAGGUUAUUAGCUGCUCAAUAUGGUGCAGAUAUUACUUAUGGGGAGGAGAUUAUCGAUCAUAAACUUCUCAAGUGUGAACGCAGAGUAAAUGAUUACAUUGGCUCAACAGAUUUUGUGGAGAAGGGAACAGAUAAUGUUGUAUUUAGAACUUGUCAUCAAGAAAGAAAUCAGGUAGUAUUUCAAAUGGGAACUUCUGAUGCUGUGAGGGCCCUAAAUGCUGCAAAGAUAGUGUGUGAAGAUGUUGCAGCAGUUGAUAUCAAUAUGGGCUGCCCCAAGUCAUUUUCUGUGAGUGGGGGCAUGGGUGCUGCUCUGUUGGCUAAGCCAGAGCUCAUUCAUGAUAUUUUGACAACACUGAAAAGGAAUUUGGAUGUUCCGGUGACAUGCAAGAUUCGACUUCUAAAAUCAUCUCAGGAUACUGUUGAACUAGCAAGGAGAAUUGAGAAAACAGGUGUUUCUGCUCUUGCUGUGCAUGGAAGAAAAGUAGCAGAUAGGCCAAGGGAUCCAGCUAAGUGGAGUGAAAUUGCUGAUGUUGUAGCAGCAUUGUCUAUUCCAGUUAUUGCUAAUGGCGAUGUCUUUGAGUAUGAUGAUUUUCAACACAUUAAAAGCGCUACCGGUGCCUCGUCAGUCAUGGUUGCUAGAGGAGCACUCUGGAAUGCAUCAAUGUUCUCUCCUGGAGGCAAAUUACCCUGGGAAGAUGUGAAAAGAGAAUAUGUUCGGAAGAGCAUCUUAUGGGAUAACGACAUUAAAAGUACAAAGCACACUUUGAAAGAAAUAAUAAUGCAUUAUUCUUGUCUUGAACUGCCAGAAGGGAAGGCUGUGAUUAAGUCAGAAACGUUGGCAGAUUUAGCGAAACUUUAUGGGGAGGAAGAGUACUACCAGUUUCUUAACUCUAACCGAUUCUUGGUCAAUGGAAGUUGAUGAAAUUUAAUAAUUCAAUCAGAAUUACUGCCUUUUUGUCCAGAUUUGAAACACAGUUUUGACAGAUCACAGAUCCUUUACUGCCCGGUUCAUAUAUAGCCACUGAGAUUGUUCAGGAAGGUAUCAGCUUAGGGAGAAGAAGGUAGCGAAGUAGGUUGCUCGGUGCAUUGUCGAGAUGCGCAGCAAGCAGAAUUGAACCAUGCUGAAGGGGCUUUUAUUCUUUGAACUUGUGUACACUGUAAUAUUUGAUUUAUAACUUGCUCGUACUUCAACUUUGCGUCCGUACAUUUGGGGCAGAAUGUAGCCUCUGAUGAAAGUGAAAGAUUGAGUAAUUUUAUAGAGGCCAAAAGAUUUAUUAACCACCCAAGAUUGGUGUAAACCUAAUAUUGUAUUUGCUAAUUUUUAAAAAUUCAAACAUUUGUCUGUUUAUUAAAUUUUGAUGUUAUUGUUA